UCUGAAGCAUGUUUAUUUCCCUCGUCCUCAGCAGCAGGCGGAAGAGGUGUGCUUAACCUUUUUUACCAGACAAUGUGAACAUGGCGUUAUGAAAGGAAAUAACUACGAGCAACGGGCAAAUAAAGUAUUCUGAGGAGCAGUAUGGGGAACACGAGCAGUGAGAGGAGCGGAGCGGCUCAAGCGGAGAAGGCGCAGAGACGAGAGUGUCGCGGCGCCAAAGAUGGAGCUCGACCCAAAAUACUGAUGGACAGCCCGGAUGACGGGGACAUUUUUCAAUCCGAUGAUGCAAAGGAGUUUCUAGCCUGGCAACAUGAUCAGGAAUCAGAUUCAAAAGCUCCACCAGAGGAAAGGCCCACGGUGUUCCGCUAUAAUGGUCCAGGAAAAGAGAUCUACUUGUCUGGCUCGUUUAAUAACUGGGCCAGCAAAAUCCCUUUGAAUAAGAGUCAUAAUAAUUUUGUGGCAAUAAUUGACCUGCCGGAGGGAGAGCACCAGUAUAAGUACUAUGUAGACGGACACUGGGCAUUAGAUCCCAAAGAGCCCUUUGUGACCAAUAAGUCAGGUGUUGUGAAUAAUGUAAUUAACGUGAGGAAAACAGACUUUGAGGUAUUCGACGCACUGAAGACAGACUCUGAGAAAUGUGCCGACAUGUCAGACUUGUCCAGCUCCCCUCCUGGACCUUACCACCAGGAUCCCUACUCAACCAAAUCAGAGGACAGAUUGCGCUCUCCCCCCAUCCUUCCACCACACCUGCUGCAGGUGCUCCUCAACAAAGAUACUGGAAUCUCUUGUGAUCCCACUCUGCUGCCUGAACCAAACCAUGUGAUGCUCAACCACCUAUAUGCCCUGUCCAUCAAGGAUGGUGUGAUGGUUCUCAGUGCAACACAUCGCUACAAAAAGAAGUAUGUGACCACACUGCUGUACAAGCUUAUAUGACCAAAUUCAACCUGUUUGAACUCCAGAACAAUUCUCUCUGCUUUCUGUCUGAUACAGUCUUGUACAUAAAAUGUUAACCAUCAAGGAAAGGGACCAUAUCUGUCAAAGCUCAUGUGUCUGUGUAAGCUUGUGUGUUUCUAAAUGUCAGGCAGGUUGCUGGUGUAAACCAGAAUCAUCUUCCAAGUUUGUCUAUCAAAUUUAAUGCAUUUGCCAAAUGUAAAAAAGGUAUACAGUAUAUUAUUGCUGAAUUGUUUUAGGCUUUUCAGUAUGUACUAAGCUGCGUUUUUGGUCAUAAAUGUGCCUUGGUUGAAUUUUUCUUGACCUGCAGAUUUACAUGAUUUUUGAAAUUAGUAAUUUUUUAAUAUCAUCACUCCCACAAAGUUUCAAUGAGCUGGUAUAAUAAAGCAGUGGCCACUGUUAGAUUGUGGGUGUGAUGUGAUAUCAGCAGGUGACAGAGUUCUGAGUCCUGCUAAGCUCAGUGUUUCCCAUUUAUUACCUUGACUGUGGCGCCCGCUGGGAUGUCUUCAACCACAAGUUAUUUUAAGCAAAUCCAAAUCACAGGGCAGAGAAACCACAUGGUGCAUUAGAGAAGAACUUCACAUGAGACGAUUCUUGCCAUAUGUAAUUGCUAAAAGACUAAACCAUGCUCUCAGUUGAUGGCACGUAACGUCAAGGUUUUGUUGCCAGUUUGUAAAUGUGAUUGUUUGCUGCAAAGCGUGGAACUGCAACUCGGUCACACUUACUGUACAUACAGCAGCCUGAAAAGAAGUCAAUCAAAGUUAGUAUGAGCUAUUAUGAGAAGAUAUCAGACCAUUUGUUAUGAAAGCACAUGAAAGGUGCUUUAUUACCGAGCAGGUAACCUUUCCUCUGGAGCAUGUGAAGUCAUAGACCUUUAGAUGUGGCAGUGUUUCCAUGGCCGAAUUUUUCUACUGUCUCUAUAGCAAUUAUCACUUGGAAGUUGACUUGGAAGCACCUACACAUACUAUUAAUAUCAUGUAAGGUUAGUUACCAGUGGCCAGUUACUUUGACUAUUUUUGCUCCGCUAAGGGAGUUCUCUACAAUCACUCAGACAAUCACUCACAGAAUUACAAGUAGAUGCAAAUCUUCACUUUUAUGCUGAUGAUUUUGUAGUUUAUGUAGUUUUGAUGUAGUUUAUUGUUGUGCUUCUAACAGGGUCCCCAGGUGUCCUGGAAAACCUGGAAUUUUGCAAUGUAAACAGUACAAAUGGCCUUUGAAAAUUGCCUUAGAGAAUUUACAAGUAGCUUUUGGAAACUUUCCUUGAAAUUACAAACACUAAUGCCUAUAAAUGUAUUUAGGAGUCAAGUAAAAUACUUUUUAAUCAGCAACUUUGGGGCAUCAGUGCUUUAAUAUAGUAUAUUAAUCUUAAUUUUGCUUUGUUUUAUUUACCAUAUUUUGUGUACAUCUUUCUACUUUUAUAUUCAUUCUUACAAUGGUUUAUGCUGCCAUUUUUGUCUGAUCUUUCACAUAAAAUAGAUUUGUGAUCUCAAGAGUUUAACCUGUUAAAAUAAGAGUCUAAAUACAUUUUUUAAAUAAAAACAAACAGUGAAGCAUCCCAGUGGUGUUACACUAAAUAUCAGGGCUCUCUGAGCACUGCUUGACCAAUCAGAAUACAGACAUAAACCUAACUGUUUAUAGUUAUUGUUAUAUACUGUAUGUUGUCAGUCUUGACAUCCAACCAGACAGAGAACAAUGGUCUGAGCAAAUUUUAUUCCUUACCUAUCUACAGCAUAUUUAUGGGUUCUACUUUCUCUAAUUCUACACCAGCAGCCAUACUCAUUGUAAAUGAAGGGGUUCAUCCCAGGCUUGACUCAUGUGAUCAUCUUCCCAAACUGCCACAGCCAGGGCACAUGGCAACACUCCACCAUGGGUGGCACAGACUGGCGCAAGCACAGCAAAGAAUGUUGCAGAAACAUGGAUGCAUUUCCCAAAUAGAGCAAAAAUGAACACUGUCAAUUGGGAUUCAACAUUCAAAAGUGUUCAUAAUUAAUUUCCUUCAUUUGUGCUUGGGAAGCCAAGGGAACAACAAGGAAAUGGGGUUAAUUAGCUAUUGCUACAAAAUACGUAUUUACAUUGUAAUCUACAUUCUUGUAGAUGAUUGAAAAACAAAACAGGAUUAUUAUUUCUGCUCACUGUGCAUGAUGCUCAUUCAGUGAUUAUUUCAGUUUGAAUCAAGUAGAAUCACACCCACCUUGUUAGGCCAAGAAUCUGUGCUUUUUUUCAAUUGGAUUUCUAAUGUGACCCUCAGAUAAAAAAAUCAAAACCCAAACACACAUUUAGAUUCAAUACGAAUGCACUGAAGAUCAAUUUAACAAAUGUAGCUCACAUGUUAGUAGUAACACAAGUCCGGAGAGUUGCAUUAGGGUCAGAUGCUUCAGUGUAGCCGCAGCUUUUUAUACAAAAACAGGAGCAAAUGGGCAGAGAAAGGAAAAUGCUAUGUUACUGAAAGGAGGACAUGGCAAAAUCUGCUGCUAAAAUUGGUGGCUGCAAUCAUGAAUAUCACUUACUUUGAGAUUUGAAGUUAAUAAUCAAUGUCGAUGGCAGAUUGGUUUAAUGGAGUAUGCAACAGAUCAGUUGCCACACAUCAUUAAACAAAUACUCUUAAAAAAUAAAAGAAAGAUGGAAUGCUCUAAUAGUAUGCAACAUCAGAUUGCUUUAUUUCCCUUUUAUAGCAUUUUGUUUUCAUACACUAAAGUGAAUGGUUAAAAUUCAAAAUCACACAUUGUAAACUAAACCCUAACACUAAUUUUUUAAAUACAAUAAUACACUAACACACAAUACACUAUGUUUACCAAAACACAGCAAACAUCAAAAUCAAAUAAUUAUUCCAAAACACUAAGUAUGUUUACUUCCAACAGGAACAUUUAAUCAGUCAUAGCACAAUGUCAUAAAAACACUAACAUCAGAUGGAAUUACAGAAACUGCAUUACUUUAUAUGUGUCAGGUCUGCCCUUAUACUAUAGACAGUAUAUUGUAUUGAUCAUGGAUUGUGUUUUGCAUUGCAGUUUUUUUUUUUGAAGCCUCUCUGCAUUUUUGUUUUGUUGGGUUUAGUAAAUGUGUGCAUUUUGUAUCUUUUGCUGCAGAAAUUCAGUACAAAAUAUGAAUGACCCAUCUCAGAGUCGCUUUAUAGAAUGCACGGUUUAUGAAAAAAAUAAGACAGAAUUGCUGCAGUAAAGGCUUUAUUUGCAACAGGACAUUACUGUAAGAUAACAAAAAUAUGCAAUAUCGCUGCCAUUUAUUAUUUUAAAAUACAAAAUAUACAAACAGAAAAAGCCACAGAAGAAUAAAAAAAAAGGCAAAAAUGCAACAAUGCUUCUGCAUUUGGCCACAUGUUCUCAUCCACAUCACACCUGAUAUCUUCUCUUGCAAGGCAUCUGGGAAAAAUCUUUUGGCAUGUCUUAUCCACCCCUGGCAGUGUUCAGCUGUGAUGUCUUGGCAUGCAGCAUCCAUUGCAUCCAGGAGGGGACAUUUGGUCCUGUGGACGAGGGUCAAUAACCUUCCAUCUCCAGACUGUGAAAAACAGCCUGUUUCAAUGGGGUUGAGGAUAUGGGGAGGAAGGGACAAGGAGUAGGUACAUCAUCCUCGCAUGGGCUUCAAACCAGUCUGUGACUGCAAGGCAAUGGUGGAAUGCCACAUUGUCCCAUGUAAUUUUGGCAAGUGGUCUCCCACCUGUCCCAUUUCUUCCUCUGGCACCAGUUUUAUUGAAGAUCUUCUAAAAACAGGAGAAGGCGGUCGGUGUUGUAGGGGCCAAACUGAUAUUUAUGCAAGAGUGCACUGUUGUUUGAGAUUGUGGUGCACAUGUUGAUGUUGGCUCCUCCCUGGUCCUGCACGGUAACUGUGGCCCUUUUGCCAAUUAUGUUUCUUCCACACUGACGCCUUUUCGUCAAAUUGAAGCCAGCCUCGUCAAUGUAGAUAAUUUCAUGUAGGACUUGAUUGGCCUCCAAAUCCAUGACUCUCUGAAAGUAAUCAGACACUGUGUGUGUAAAUGCUUUGCUUUAUACCUACUAUAUGUCCUACUGUACUCCAGGUUUAUAGAGUAGUUUACUGCAAAACACACUAUGUAUAGUACAGUAAUGACUGUAUUGCAUAACCUUACCUGGACGUAUUGGUUACGGAGUUCUUUGAUGCAUUCACCAUUCCUUUCAAAAGGAACUUUGAAUAGUUGUUUCAUUCGGACUCUGUGUUUAGCUAGAGUACGAGAAAUGGAUAUUAUGCCGAUUGCUGCAAUGUUCCCAAAGAGAAAGUUGUCCUAUACAACUCUGGACUGAUUGUCCUUCAGUUUUAUUUAAUUGACAGCAAUCACCAUGUUGACAAUAGCAAGUUCCUGUUCUUCUUUUAGGAUCUUUACUCUGCCCCCUGAGAGAGGUAGACGUUGAAUCCUUAGAGAGACAAAAUACAGUUACAUAUUAGAGACUGGAGGCAUACAGGCACUGUAAUACAUUGUAAAAUGAUUUACACUUUGCAGUAGGAGAAGCCCUUAUACAACGUCCUACCUGUUGGUUUCUCGAAAAAUCCGGACAAUGGAUGCCACUGUGUCCCGGCUGAGAUUUGGCUGUACUUGUUCACCAGCCUUUCUGUAUGAUAGCCUGUGGUUUAUGACAUGGUCUAUGAUAGUAGCUCUUAUUUCAUCAGUUACCCUAGCUCUGGCCCUUCUUUGAGCGCCAUCACGCAUUCUAACUCCUUGCCCUUGUCCCACUCCUCUCCCAUGUCCUAGUACUUGUCUUCCUCUCCCUUGACCUGGUACUCAUCUUCCUCUCACUCCUGCAGGCAUUUUUCUUAUUUUCUUUGUGUUGCUCUAUAUUGUUCCUUUUCCACACAAGAUCAGCCCAAAGAGGUCCUCUUUUACUCUAUACCAUAUGGUCAUGCAAUUGAAAGAACCUCAACACCUGAGUGUGUUUCCUAGAUGGUAAUCAACUGUUUCUCAGUAGCAAUGGGAUAAAAUACAGGGGAUAUAUUUGUGUUUCAAUUCACAAUGUGAACAGCUGUUCACUUUGACUUUAGCCUAUAAGUUAGGUUUAGAACAUGAUGUUAUAUGUUCUGACAUACAGUGUGAAAGCAUUUGUAAAUUUGGCAUUCAAAAUCCAUUGUUUUGGUCUUGGCUGAGCUUGUGUAUAAAAGAAGUUCAAGCAUUUUAAAUGUGUGUUAACUGUAUUCUUUUUGUGUCAAAGCAACAAUAAAUGUGUUAAUUGAAUAGCCUACACAGACGGAUGUUGUGAUAACUGUUAAAAGUAUUGAAAACUUUGUCAAAGCGAUUGUAAACAACUGUAAUAUUCUUGUGAGGCUCAUACAUGGACCAAAGAGAUUAGCAAGGAUUUUCAACACAGGUAGCCAAUCAACACUGCACAUUGUGGAUGUCUGCUCAACACAUGCAGCUUUCAAACUGGGGUCAGGGUGUCACAGAGAAGUGCUAGGGUGUGAAGAAAAACAUGUGCAAAGAUUUCAGUGGGGUGCGAGUUAAUAAGUUGACAUUUACCAAAUUUGAAAUUGUUUCAUUGUGCAUUCUAAAGACUGAUUGGAUAUUUUUUCAUUUGGUUGGUUUAUUUUAUUCUAUUGACUGCCAAUUUUUACAGUAAGAAAUAAAUAAAACAAUCUGCAUGUAGU